AGGCCACCGUGGAGACUCAGCGAUAUGAGAUCAACUGAGCUGGACGGGUGCAAAGUUGAGGGACGUUUUCUACAGUGCGAGGCGAAAUUACAACAAUAUCCUCAAAAUCAUGUAUGAACCUCGGUACUAUGAUAGCCCCCCUGUGUACAGCCCGCCUUGCAGCACCAACUCCCAAAGCUUCUAUCCCCCCAGAAGCAUCCAGCCCCCCCAGAGCCAGUAUGCCCCCUACAAUGCCCCCCCUGACUCCAACUACAUUGAGGAGAAGCCUCAACACUUCUAUCGCUGGUUUUCUCCUCCUGGUUUUGUCAAAACCUUCGAAGGAGCCACAGUACUCAUGUGUUUCCUCAUCUUCGCCUGUGUGGCUUCGACCCUGGUGUGGGACAUGAAUGGGUUUGGCUACGGGGGCUUCGGUGUCGGGGCUACAAGGGGGGUUGCAGGGAUGGAUGCGGGAUAUUAUGGAGGCAGCUACGGCUAUGGUGGCUCCUACAUGACGCCACAAUCUGCCAAGUCGGCGAUGAUUUCCAUGGCGGCAAUUAACUUCCUAGUUUCACUGGGCUUCCUGGUGGGGAGUUUCUCACGGUCUCGGAUCAUGAGGGGAUGCAGGUUCUACCUCACUGUGUUCAUUUGUGAUAUCAUCUUAGCUGUCCUUCAGGGCAUCAUCGACAUCAUCUUUGUGAUCGGGGUGAACCCGAUGUCUCAGAGCUCACAGAGCAUGCUGUACAAUCCCAUGCUGAUGAUGUGCCAGAACAUCCAGGACAGCCCCAGCCUCAGCGGCAGCGCGGGGGCCGGUUUUCCAGGGGGGUUCCCCAUGUACAAUCAAUACCUGCACCACUACUGCUACAUGGACCCGGAGGAGGCCGUUGCGUUCGUGUUGGGUCUGUUGGUGGUGUUGGCCCUGUCCCUGUCUGCUUACUACGCCUACAAGACCCGCAGCAAGAUUUGGCGUCACGGCAAAGCUAACAUCUACUGGGACGAGCCGCUGGUCAGGUCGUCAGAGGGCCAGGAUGUACAGGAUUGGGUGAACCUUGUUGGAGAUGUGCGCAGCACCCAGCAGGCACUAACUGCACCUGACCUGAGGGCGGAGAACAGUGUGGUCUCCUAUGGCAACGGAACAGUCAGCAUCUACAGUGAGGGAAAUUGUAAAAGCAAAAGUUUCUUUGCUGACGACAGUAAUCGUUGGGCCGCGGAGCCUUUGUACCAGAACAGCAGGGUCACAGUUUGCUCUAGCAGCUCCUCAGACGACACUGACAGCAUCAGGAAACCGCCUCCUUAUCAUGUGGAGAAGGAACAGAGAAAGGGCCGAGGGCACAGGCCUGCUGCUCGGGAGAGGAUGGAGUCCCCGUGUGAAACUGGUUACACCACCGGAGACACUGCCAAUGAGCUGGACGGGGACCGCACAGAUUACCUCUACAGGCUGUACCCAGAGAUAACUUCAGACGAGCAGCGCCGGCAGUACAAGAAGGAGUUUGAAUCCGACCUGGCCUGCUAUAAGAGCCUCUGUGCCGAAAUGGAUGACAUCAGUGACCAGAUGCACAAGCUGAGCCGAGAACUGGACAUGUUGGACGAGGACUCCGCGAAGUACCAGGGUGUGGCAGACGAGUACAACCGACUGAAAGACCUGAAAAAGACGUCAGAUUGUCAAGCAAAGAAGAAGCAGUGCAAAGAGCUUCGGCAAAAACUUUUCCACAUCAAACGUCUGGUGAAGAUCUUUGACCAAGGUCUUUGUUAGUGCGUCUUUCAAAUCUGUCCAAACAGCGCCGGGGUUUGACAUGAAACAAGGAUUGAUCCUCCAGUUCCUCUCCAGUUUCACUGCUCUGCUAUUUGACUUGUUGAACAGUUCGGCCCUCGAACCUAGAUUAGAUUUUACAUUUCAAUGUAAACUUGAAAUUGUUUUAAUUGUUACAGAAGGUUGUAGUGUGGUAAGUAAUGAAUGUUUUUACACAGAAAUAAUGUCAUGAAUGAAGAUAUGAAUAUAAAAGGAUGGAAAUAAAUGAGCAGUUAAGACGGGCCGAUUAAUUCACAUUCAUGAAAACACUUAUACAUUGAUGGUACAUGUUGCAGUGUUUAUUUGGCAUUCUUCAUACAGAUGUAAUUACAACACUUUUUCAAGUAGUUUGAAAAAACAAAAACAACAUAACAAAAGACACAUCGUCAUCUUCCGAUUCUUUUAAUAACGUUGCCAUACACAAGAAAUUUCAAAAACGUAAGAACUCAGUAACACAAAGAUAAGAAAACAUUAAUAGCAUUAUCUAUCUUUUUUUUUUUUUUUUUCCUCGAUGACAAAAUUGUGUGAGUCGUUGCCUAAAGGAAGAAAAUCCAAACAACUUUCAAAAGGCCCGGCGGCAGAUCACGAAGCAGAGCUUCAUCCUUCCACUUUGCGUUUGAAAACACUAAAUGCUAAAACAUGUUGUAUUUGGAGUUGAUUUCAUUCUUUCCUAUCAAAUAUUUUACUGUGAUUUUGUAAACUCGCCUCUUGAAAUACCUUCUUGAGGUAAAUCCUGGUGGACCAGCGAAUGUAGGGCCCUUCCCCUUUCAACUUGUCACAGAUAGUGUAAUGUUUUGGCAUUGAAUAUCCUCCAAGUGCAGUUUUUCCACCAGACUUUCAUCUGUUACGGUAUCGUCUCACAUCAUUCGCAACAGUAGAGACUCACUCAGAGCAUCUCUCUGUCAUACCAGCUGACAUGGCAUGAAGAUAAGCUUCUUUUUUUGACAUCUAAACAGAUGACAGAGGUAUUUUCAUGUAAAUACAUAGAGAAAAAAACAAAACAUUUAGGAGCUAACAGUGAAAGCAAUAUUUAAAUGUUUAAAUGAACCUUGAAUUACAUAAUGUAAAAUAAUGAAACAGUCUCCACUUAGCAGAGAUCCAAAACAACAUUUGAACAUGCAAAAAGACAAAGUUGGCCUCAAUAUAUAUACAUUUCAAUACAUUUUCCAAGAGGUCAUGACCCCCAGAAACAGCAAUGGUCGCCAUAAACUGGUAUUUAAUUAGUAGUGUGUUGGUUAUAAACUCUCACCACCAACUGUAACUAAUUCUUACAUCUUGAGUUGUUUGUUUAGUUAAUGUCAGCCUGCCGUUUCUCAAUAAUAAUAAUAAAAAAAUGUAUCCAAACAAUGCAUGAUAGCUGAAUCCACCUUAUUCAGUCAGUCAAAACUCAUAUUCCAAACACAAGAGUGAAAAUCACUUUGGGGAAUCUUUUUUAAAAAGAUACUAGACGAAUGUCUGUGAUGCUCAUUUCAUAUUUUAUAUGCGUUCCAAAUUCAUAAUGAAUAACAAGACAGUUGUCAAAAAGAAGGCGGUUUCUGGUGAACAACAUUUACAGAGGUUUGUGUUUAGGAAAUAUCAGACUGAAGCAUUCUGAUGUCUACUGAGGUAUUACUCCACUCAUGUAACAACAGUGAGCCCUGUGAAUGAAUUUAAAUGCAUUGUUCACUUGAUGGUCAGGCAGUCACAAGAGUCCGUCUGUCUCUUUGUCUCUCUGCUAAUUAUUCUAUUUAAAAAAACAUCUCCGAGGAUGAUAUGAUAGACUUUGGUGAUUUUUUUUUUUUUUUUUUUUCCUUGGUUUUGUCUUCGUUCUGUUCCAUGUGAUUGGCUCCUUGGCUUCUUCCACAGUGCUGAGCCAUGAGAGCGCUGAAUUCAAUGAAGCCUUUACUUUGUCUUCUAUUCAGUUCACCACAAUUAGAUCCAUUCUAAUCAUGCUACCGUAUUGUCAUGUUAUCAGUCGUGUGAAUAAAAAGGUCA